AUUGCGUCAUUUCUAGCGCAGUGCUUACAUUUCUGGCGCUGUGUGACGUGAACCGAGCUGAUACAAAUCAAUUGUAAAUUGCGAGAAAAUGUGUGCGUGUGGGGCGCAGAAGAUGGAUGAUUAUUUACUAAUAAUUAAGUGGGAGUAGCGUAUUUUCGGAUACAUCGGUGCUGGAGCAACCUGCAGAGCUGUGGGAGGCAUGGAGGUGCCACCUGGCCCGGUGCGGCGCCGCCACGCGCGCUGGGCCACGGAGAGCAUGCGCCAGGCGCUGCGCGACGUGCACACGGGCCAGCGCAACAUGACAGCGGCAGCGCGUCACCACGGCAUUCCGCGCCAGACGCUCGUCGACUACUACAAGGAGUCGUGCGAGACUGGCGAGCACGCCACCAUCCUGAAGCGGCGCGGCGGCCGCCAGGCGCCCGAGGCGGGCGAGUGCGCCGCCGCGGACACGCCGACGUCCGCCCCCGCCGGCGCCGCGGCCGCCGCCACCUCCGUCAGCAGCGCCGCGGUGCCCGCAGUACCGGCCACGCCGCGGGACGACUUCCACCGCACGCUGGAGCGCACCAUGGCGCACCUGAAGGUGGGCGCCGCCAGUCUGUUCACCGUCAGCGAGGUGGGUCUGCGCGCCUGCGGCCACGAGCCGGACGCCGACAAGGCGGAGCCGCUGCACGUGCUGGCGUGCGUGGCGGCCAGCGGGCGCUGCCUCACGCCGCUGGUCGUUUUUAAGGAGGAUGCCGUGCCCGACGAGCUGGACGGAGAGUCGUCGCUGGGCUUCCACAUUGCUACCUCAAAGGCGGGCACCGUCACAGAGGCCAUCUUCGCGCGUUGGAUGGCCGAGUUUGUAGUGCAAAAGCCGGCUGGGCCGGCGCUGCUGCUGGUCAACGAUGACCGCUACCUGUCUGAUCAGGCCGGCCCUGCGCUGCGGCUGGCCGCGGACAGCGACGUGGCCGUGCUGCUGCUGCCCGAGCGGGAUGCGGCCGCGCUGCAGCCGCUCGACCGCGUGCUGCUGCCCUCGCUGGCCGGCCGCUACGAGGAGGAGUCGCGCAGCUGGCACGGCCAGGCGUCGGGCCAGUGUCCGCUGCGGGCCUGUUUCCGACACAUCUUCUCCACGGCCUGGCACCAGACCAUGGCCUCGCCGCUGCUGGUGAUGGCCGCCUUCCAGGUGACGGGCAUCAGCCCGCUGGCGGAGGGCGGCGAGCGGCCGGCCGGCGGCCAGGCGCUGCGCGCCGGCGUGAUGGCGCAGCUGCUGCGCGCCGUGGGCCACCAAUGGCCGCCGCGCCUGCCGCCCAGCCUACCCGUCUGGUUCCCGCGGCCACUGCGGUGAUCCGCGUCGCGCCGCAGCCUCCACCCUCUUGCCUCCCGUUGUGUCAAACACCAGUGUACAAACGCGCUGCGAGGAGUCAGCUAGCUAGUUGCAGUACCGCGUCCGGCCGUCGGUAGUGUUAUUUAUAUGCCGUGUCUGCCUGUAUUGUGCGUCAGUUUUCCGCGCCGUGCCGAGUUCGACGCGUACCUCCUCAGCUCAACCUGCUCAGUGUUGCCACAAAAUGUCCGUCAAACAUGCCACGGUCUUACCGUUGUACCUGUAAUCUCCUCGAGCAAAGGGGCACUCUCACGCAGACAGAGUCCACCCAAACAAUGUGCCACAAUACCAUAAGCCAGUGAAUCACAUACAUCAGAAUGACUGUCCAUUUACAUUGAACCUCUGUAGGCGACUGUUCCACUAGUCCCAUGUGCCAUGCUGUCGAUUCUCGGUAGCAAUGUGUGACAAAGGAUUGUCGCCUUGUGUGUAUGAAGCAUAAUUGACUGUUCACGAGCAUAGAUGAAUCAUUUUGCCGACGCCUGAACGGGGCGUUUGUGCACCUCAGAAAGAGAUCUGAUGACAGCUGUCAAUAAAAGUGAACUCAGUU